CUCACGAUCACGGGAGCGAUUGAAGGUUCAUGUCAACUGUCUACACCAAAAAUCCCAACACAAAUACCCCACUGGCUGGCUCUAGCAUUCACGGGAGCGUUAGAAGGUUGAUGUCAGUUGCCAACACCAAAAAUCCAACACAGAUACCCCACUCUAGUCCUCCUAAUGCACUAUAAAAGGCCGCAAUCAACUGCAUGCCACCCAAAAUUAGAUAAAAAGGUCAGCUAUCUUUCCACACUUUGUAGCAAGAAAACCCGAUUUUACUUGUCACAGACCAAAAAAAUGAAAUCGAUCGUUUUCCAAUUUGCUCUGGUUCUUCUCUUCUCCAUCUCAUGCCACUCUUGGGCGUUCAGUACAGGUGGUAAAGCAGGAGACGAGAAGCCAGACCCUGCCGAAGCCGUCGCUAGUAGUCCUAGCAGCAGUGGCGGUCCAAGCUCAACGGAGAGUCCAUCAGGAGCAACAGGCUCGGGUCAUGGCUCAAACUGGGACUACAACUGGGGAUGGGGCUCCAGCCCUGGAGCUGGAUGGGGUUAUGGCUCGGGUUCAGGGCGUUCGCCCAAUGGGUUUGGCAGGGGUUCUGGCUUUGGUUGGGGUUCAGGCAGCGGUUCAGGAUCUGGAUACGGCUAUGGUUUCGGUGGAGGCGGUGCCGCUGGAGGUGGAGGUGGUUAUGGCUCUGGAAGUGGUGCCGGUGGCCAUGCAACAGGUAGCGACAGCUCAGGGGCUUCUGAGGUUCGAUCGCCAUCUACUUCUAGGCAAAAAAACACCCAUGCGUAAAGAAAUCGUUCUGGGGUCUGCGUCUACAUAUUUCUCCAGGACCAUAAUGGUUCAAUUGCGUGUGUAUGUAAUGCAUCUACGGUGUGUAGGAACUGUAUUCACGUGCAACGGUCUGUCUGCAUCCUUUGUUCUCUAAGUGACGGUCUUAAUACUGUGAACUAUCGGUGUUAAAGAUUAUCUACAUAUUUGUGUGAAUUCUUCCCUCUCUGUCCCUUUUGGCCGCGUUUACUACUGCUGUAACUUGUACUCCGACUGAUUAA